UUACUCACAUUGUGAGACUGCAAAGAAGCUAUGGGAUACCUUACACAAGGUAUAUGGCAACACUUCAAACCUCACCAGAAUUUUUGAGGUUAAGAGGGCAAUCAACAACUUACAGCAAGAGGAGAUGGACUUCACCAAACACCUUGGAAAGUACAGCCAGUUGUGGUCUGAACUUGAGAUGUUGAGACCAAGUACCACUGAUCCUAGUACACUAGAAGAGAGGCGUGAGCAAGACAAGGUCUUUGGAUUGCUUCUCACACUCAACCCAAGCUUCAAUGAUGUACUUAAACACAUAUUGAGAGCUAAAGAGCUUCCAAGCUAUGAUGAUGUGUGUGCUCAACUUUGGAAGGAGCUAGGCUCAGAUGGUCUCUUUGGUGGAAAAGAGGAGCUGUCUAUGGCAAACAAAGCUGAGAAGAUGGAGAGUGCUUCAGGCAACAAAGCACACUUCAAAUCAAGAAGAGGAGGAGACAAGUCUGUGACUUGUGAGCACUGCAAGAAUCUAGGCCACUCCAAAACCAAUUGUUGGAUCCUCCAUCCUCACCUCAGACCUGCUUCAACCAACAGAUACAACCAGGCCAAAGCACAUGAAGCAAGAGCUCAUGAAACCACAAUAUCAGGCUCCAUGCACAUAGGAGAAGAUGGAAGAGCUAUGAUCUCAACCACCCACACUGGUGGAUCCACAUCCCAUGCCAUGUCUCAGCCAUCCCCUGAUGAUGCCUUCAUCCGCAAGUCAGACAUUGAAGCGCUUAUCAAGGCUAUCAAUGCAAACUCUGGUAACAUAAGUGUCAAUGCUUUAAAUUCUAUUCACAGUGCUUCACAUACUACUAGACCUUUGAUCAUUGAUUCUGGAGCUUCUCAUCAUAUGAUUAGGGAUGCUAGACUGAUUAGUGAUGUUAAACCUGCUCUAGGGAGUGUAGUGAUUGCUAAUGGUGAUAGAAUUCCAAUUGAAUGAGUAGGAAACUUGAAACUGUUUGAUAAGGAGUCUCAAGCUUUUUAUAUGCCUACUUUCACAUCCAACUUAUUAUCUGUUAAGAGAGCAACCAAUGAUCUAAAUUGCAAUGUUAUUUUCAGUCCUAAUGAUGUGUGCUUUCAGGAUAUUAAGACCAGG